AUGUCGGUGGUCGAGCCGGCCACGGCCACCAUCUCGACCACGCCUGCAUCGUCCACGCAACCACUGCCAACGGAUAUCGACACCACAACCACUAAUACUACAGCGCCGUCAGCGCCGUCAGCCUCUGCAUCCUCGCCGUCCGAUGCUCACUCGCCGAUACUCGCUCCCAAUGGCUCCAGCAGGCAAUCCACGCCGGCCACUUCGGCAGCCGCCUCGGACCAUGCCCACGCCGCACCCAUAAAGCGCGCAUCCACGCCUGCCAACACGGAUCCUCGGCCAGCAACACCGCCACCGCCAUCCCACGAUGACAAGCACCCCUUGGCCGACAUCCAACCCGCCUACUUUUACCCCACCGACGCCUCCGCAUCCUCGUCUCACGACGGCAUCCCCGUAUUCGAACCCACAAUGCAGCAGUUUCAGGACUUUUACGCCUUCUGCCAGGCCAUCGACAGCUGGGGCAUGCAAUCCGGCAUCGUCAAGGUCGUCCCGCCCAAGGAGUGGCGCGACGCACUUCCAGACCUGCGUCCACCCUCAACCGCCACCGCCACCGCAGACAGCGAUCCCGCAGACAUCUCCAAGGUCCGCAUCCGCAACGCCAUCUCUCAGCACUUCACCCCGGCAGGCUCGGGCGUCUGGCGUCAGACCAACAUCACCCGCACCACAAAGAUCUGGAACGCAAAACAGUGGGCCGAAUCCUGCAUCCAAGACGGUCAAAAGGGUCCCGAGAUGGAUCGCAUGAAGUGGAAGGUCGAAGUCGAAGGCGUCUCCAACGGCGGAUGGGGCCCCAAAUCCAUCGGCGCAAAGGACUCGGCUCCCGCAGCCAUCCUCGACGAGGACGGCGUACGCACCCGCAGCGGCAAGGCGCGCCCCGCCCCAACCACACCAGCAGAGCCCAGAUCCAACCCACCAAAGCGAAAGCGGCCAGACACCCAAGACCCAAUCCAAUCCCAAGAGCCAACCUCGGCACCCAGCUCCCCAGAACGACGCUCGCUCCGCACCGCACACAAUGCAUCAGCCGCAAACCAAUCCGCCGCAAACACACCCUCCACCUCCAGAGACGCUUCCCCCGUAAAGCCAAAGAAGAACUGGGAAGCAGACGCCGUCACGCCACAAGAAUGGCGCGCAUUCGACUACAAGAACUGCUGGCUCAAAGAGGCGCUCUCCUCCGACCAGCUCGCCACACUCAACGCCGCUUCCUCUCCCCCAUCACAGCCCGUCGAGGAAGCUGAAAAGACAUCGGCACCCACCCUCCCCUCGCCAUCCGACUGGACUCCCGAAGUAUGUCGAGAGAUCGAGAGCGAGUACUGGAGGAGCCUCAACUUUGGCAAACCGCCCAUGUACGGCGCGGACCUCAGGGGAACGCUCUUCGACGACAACACACAGCACUGGAACGUCGGCAAGCUCGACAACAUCCUCACCCGUCUGCGUCUCAAGCGCAAGCUGCCCGGCGUCAACACCCCUUACCUCUACUGGGGCAUGUGGCGCGCCACCUUUGCCUGGCACGUCGAAGAUAUGGACCUCUACUCGAUCAACUACAUUCACUUUGGCGCGCCCAAGCAGUGGUACGCCAUUAGACAGGCGGACCGUCAGCGCUUCGAGUCCGCCAUGGCCGGCGCCUUCCCCUCCGACUCGCGACGAUGCCCCCACUUUAUGCGCCACAAGUCCUACCUCGCCUCGCCCUCCUUCCUCGCCUCCCACGGCAUCCGCCCGCUCAAGCUCGUACACAACGCCGGCGAGUUUGUCAUCACCUAUCCCUACGGCUACCACUCCGGCUUCAACCUCGGCUACAACUGCGCAGAGAGCGUCAACUUUGCGCUCGACUCCUGGCUCGACAUUGGCCGCAAGGCAAACUACUGCCACUGCGACCAGUCCCAGAACAGCGUCCGCAUCGACGUAGACGCCAUGCUCGAGGAAAGCAAGGAGAUGGAGGAGCUCGAGCGCAAGCGCGAACUCAGGCGUGCAAAGGAAGACUCGGUGCGCGCCAUCGAGGACGAGGAGCUCGAGAAGCGCCGCCUCAAAAACGAAAAGGCAAAGGAGCGCAGGAAACUCAAAAAGGAGGCAGACGACGCCGCUGCCGCUGCCGCCGGCCCUGCAGUCCCUGCCCUCUUCCAAGGCGGCGACGACUUCUACAUCGACCCCAAGACCGCACACACAAGUCCCUGCGUCUUUUGUCCAGCCAACGUGUCCAACGACCUCGUCCCCACACCCGCCCACAUCGAUUCCACCAACGCCAAACUCAAAGCGAUGGCUGCACGCCAUGCGCAUCGCUUAUGCGCCAGCUUCAUCCCCGAAACCUGGGUCGGCAAGCACGCCAAAGCCGACGUGGUCUGCGGCAUCGAUGGCAUCGACAAGGCGCGAUUUUCGCUCAAGUGCCAGAUCUGCCCCAACCCCAACCUACAGAAGCUCUACCCCAAGAUCCAGUGCACGCGCGGCAAGUGCCCGCGCGCAGCUCACGUCAGCUGCGCUUUAGUCGAGGAUCACGGCUGGUUCGUCGAUCUCUGCCCUACAGACACGGCAGACCGCCUCGAGGGCAAGAAGGUGUCUGCCAAGCCGCAAGCGCAGCAAGCACAGGGUACAGCGGACGACUCGGAACGCCUCGUGGUGCUCUGCCGCACGCACAACCCGCUCUUCCGAGAGGCAGAGGAGGCGCGCAAGGCCGACGAGCUGCGCGAGCGCAUCCACUCGCUCCCCGUGCCCAGCAUGGUCAAGAUCAAGACGUCCGGAGGCAUGUUCCAGGCGCUCAUGGUCGAGGUGUGCGAGGACGACGACGAGAUCGUCAUCGAAGACGAAGGCCGCCCCAGCAGAGUCAAGUUUCAGCAGAUCAUCCUGGAAUCGUCCGAACCCAGCGCGGUCAAGACCGAGCCCGAGCCUGAGCCGACUCCCGACGCGGUCAGCCAGGGCGUCGGCGCAGCGGCUCAGGAUGGCGAUGCGACGCCUUCAGCAAAGCGCAGGAGGAAAGCGACGGCAAAAGCGGUUGCCAAUGCCAGAGCCGGUAGCGAGGACGCCGUCGAGGCGAGCGUUGCAGUGUCUUCCGAUGCGGCGCCCAAGGCGCAACCUGUCAAGAGAGCGCGGAACACAAAGGCGCAGAAGGCCGCAAGCUCUGCCGAGGGCGUGGAGCCGCAGCAGCCCGCAGAGUCCGCGGCGUCCUUGGCUCCCGAGGCCGAAUCCGGGCCUGCGGCCAAGCCAAAGCGCAAGCGACAGCCGGCCAAGAAGAAGGCGCAGGCGACGCAGGCAGCAGCCGACGAAUCGGCGCCCGCAGUUCUGCAGGCGCCUCAGCCGCCAGUGCCGGGCACAGCAUGGUCAAGCCACGCUCCUCAGCUGCCUGCACCGCCCACUCACCAGCGCGAUCCGCGCGAUCCGCGCGCGACGUAUGCGCCCCAGGCUGCUGGACCUUAUUAUCCGGGUGCGUACCACGAGCAGCAAUCGCAUCCGUCUUCGGGGCCGAUGCAACACGUCCAGCACUACCCGGGCAUGUACGGCGGUGGGCCGCCGCACGCCAGUCACGCACAUCAGUACGUGCCGGGAGCGGCCUACGGGUAUCCAUCAGCGGAGUACGACGCCGAGGCGACGAGGUACUCGCGGUCGAGCGUGUCGGCGUCGCCAAGCCACCUGCACCAGCGUGCUGCCAACGAGCAUGCGUAUAGCGGGCAACAGCAGUAUGCAGCGCAGCAGCAGCAUGCAGCGCCACCGCGCCAUCGCCAGGAUGAGCAGCACGCGCAGUAUCCUUACGCGCAUCCGCAGAACGGCGCGGCAGGCAUGCCGCAGCAACAGCAAGCCAGGCCGCUGGCGCCUCCGGGUGCAUCGCAGUAUGGACAUCUAGCCGCACCACCGCAGGGAUACGAGGACCGCCCACCGCCGCUGCCGACGUAUGCCCGGCCGCUGGCUCACCAGCCGCAGCACGUGGCGAGUAGCGACGCGGCAUCGGCCAAUGGACCCGCGCAUGCAUUCCCAGAUUACAGGCCGCCGUACCACCAUGCGGCACCCGCACAGACGCAUCCGGCGUAUCACGGGCAAAGCCAAGCUCAGGCGCAGCAGUACCAACAGUAUCGGUCGUACCCGCCCCAGCAGCAGCAGCAGCAACACCCGCAGCAACACCCGCAGCAGCAGGCGUACGCGCACGCAGACUAUGCCUACCACGCCACGCACCCGGGCUACGCUGCGCGGGCCAAGUAUGCGCCGGCGCAGGGCAACGCGUAUGCGCAGCAGCCGCAGUAUGCGCAUGCACAAGCACAUGCCAACGCGCAAGAGCAGUUGGCAGGCGCCCACGCCCAGCCUGCGGCGCGGCACUGA